UUCCCGCCCCUGGGACACCUGCGGCCGCGGUGUCUCCUGAACGGUGCUCGGGGGGCCGUGGGAGAGGCGAAUCUGCUGUUUGACAUAGCGGGGCCUCUGCAUCUCAGUAAUUGCUACUUGGUUUGACCCUCGUUUGGUUGUAUGUGCUGUGGCUGAGUUAUUACCCUGGUGAACCGCCUCUUGCCGCGAAGAUAAUCCCGUACACACAGCCUGGCAUUUCUGUGUUUCCACUCCAAGGAUCUCUAGGUGUUGUGGUUAGGCAUUCCAUCAGCAAGAUACUGCAUCGUUUUCUCGCUAUUUGGAGCAUUUUAAAUAGGUUGAUAGUUGUUGAUACAAACAAUAAAAUGUACUUUCUCCUAGGAGUGUCACGUAACAAGUGAAAACUUUCAUGUGAAAACAGAAAAUGGCUUCAAGAGGAACAACAGAGACCAGCAAACUAAAACAAAACUUGGAGGAGCAGUUGGACAGAUUAAUGCAGCAGCUUCAAGAUCUGGAAGAAUGCAGAGAGGAGCUGGAUGCAGAUGAGUAUGAGGAGACCAAAAAAGAAACUCUGGAGCAGCUGAGUGAGUUCAAUGACUCCCUGAAGAAGAUCAUGUCUGGAGAUAUGACUUUGGUGGACGAGCUCAGUGGGAUGCAACUGGCAAUACAAGCAGCCAUCAGCCAAGCCUUUAAAACCCCAGAAGUGAUUAGAAUGUUUGCAAAGAAGCAGCCCAGGCAAUUGAGGACGAGGUUGGCAGAGAUGGACAGAGACUUAAUGGUUGGGAAGUUGGCACGAGACCUGUACACCCAACAGAAAGUGGAAAUCCUGACUGCCCUCAGGAAGCUUGGUGAGAAGCUCACUGGGGAUGAUGAGAUGUUCUUGUCAGCAAAUGCUGGUACAGCCCUGAGCCAGUUUGAGAGAGUCUCCACUGACCUUGGAUCAGGAGACAAAGUCUUUGCUCUAGCAAGUGUUGAAGUAGAAAAGGCAAAGCAAUGAAGGGGUGUGUGAGGCUUGUGUCUCUCCAGUUAUCAACAGCAUUGGACUUCUGUCACACUGCAUUUGGGUUUUCUAUUUCCAACAUGUUGUAAAAAAAAAGCAAAGCAAAACAAAAAAACUCCAAAUCCUAAAACCUCUUGGGUUCUUAACCAGAAGAUAUGAAGUAAACAGCCUUAAGUGCACUUUGGAACCUUGGUGUCUGUACCCCUUAAGUAAUACAAGCUCUGAGGCUGAACACUGAGUGGAACUCUAGAAACAAAAGCAUGGUAUGUCUGUCUUGGGAAAGAAUCAGCUGUUUGGAAUUUUUCUGAAUGUGUAUUUCUCUAACUAUUAAAAACUUCAUCUUUUUGCAUGUGGUUGUGGCAAGCAGAUCUUUUCCAGGAGCAGUCCCGGUGAGUGGUUUUUUGGGUGAUUCUUCACAUUGUCUUAAUUUUUUGUCUGGAUUCCCCACUAAGUAGUUUGUACUAGGACAGCACUGAAGCUUUGAAAAUGGACUUGGUUUAUUUGGAAUGCCAUCUUCCUACAAACUGUUUGCAGAAGACCCCAGAGGAGCCUGGAUGCUGAUCACUGGCCCUUGGCUGCUUGUUUGCCGUGCACAUGAAUGAGCACUUUGUGUCCCAGCCCUGGGACACAGACAAUGGCAGCCCUGUGGGGAGUAAUUUAACCUUGGGUAUGGAAACGACAGGGAACUGAUAGGAAAUGGCAACGAGAGGCUCUUUCUGUGACCUCUCCCUUCAGCUCUGGUGUCCAGCCACACACUGCCCCGAUUUCCCGGGGUUGCAGAGGUGCCAGGAAAUAACUUGCAAGUACAAACGGGUUUUAAAAGGGAGGAAAACUCCCAUUAUGUGAUCAGUGCAAGUGUUGCUCAGUGUAUUGAUCAGGUGCUGUGGAGAGGGGAGGGGCUGUGCCUCCCUUAGGACUUGGAAUCCUGAAUAAACUCAGUGUAGGAGGAUUUAAGAUCUCAUAUUGUUGAACCUUUAGCUCAGAGGGUGGAGAAACUACUCUGGAUGUGUGCUUAACUUCCUGACAAACUGUAUUUUGUAAAAUCACUGCUGGGGACCUAAUUCCCUAAGUUUUGACUCCCUCACACUUCAGUUAAGUGCUUGUUUGCAUUUUGUCAAGAGCUGGUUGGAAGCCUGGAUUUCCCUGAAGUUUUUCAGCUCGAGAAAUGUACAUUUUAAGGUCUGCUCUACCAUAUGUUCAAGUGCUGAACUAACAAUACUGACAACAACAAAACCACACCAAGGGCAUUUCUUAUCUUAAUUUCAUACCUGUUCCCCUAUUUUACCAGUAACUAGAGAAAAGUAUAAAGCUUCUAUUUGAAAAAAAAAAUUAGGCAAAAAAGUAGCUUUAUUUUUGUGCACAAAGAGUUCAAACAUCAGCAAUUUGGGGGUUCUCUGGACUAUGUGUUUUAACAGGGAGUUGGCACUUCCUUUCUUUAGAGAUCUUCCAAAGGAGGGGAAAUGUUAUGAGAUCUCCACCUGUAUGAAGGUGAUCAGUGUAUCCAGGGCAGAUUCUGGGCUGGUUUUAGUGAACUGGGUUUUUUUUGGGGCAAUGUGUCUUAUUUAAGUUUCAGGCAGUUUCUGAGCUGUAAAAUGUGUGACUGCCAUCACAGUAGGUCUGUUGCUGGAAAGAAAAGGAUGGGUGAUAAUAUUCAAAAAAUGAGAAGAAUUCCUAGGGAAAAAAAACAAGUGAUUUUGUUAGUGCUUGGAAUUAUAAAAAUGGAGAAGUAAAUGUACUAAAAGGAUGACACUGAGUUAUUUUAGAAUUAGUAAUGGUUUAUAAAACAGCUUUUAAACCCAAGUGUAGGGUGAGUUUGGUUCCAGUUUAUGGUGGUGUGACUGUUUUUGGACCUGUGUUUGUCAGUGUUUAAUGGAGUAGAACAUCGUGCUUUGCCUAUCAUAUAGAUGUCUUUGGCUUGUACAGCUAGAAAUGAGCUUCAGUGGGAAGUGCCAUUAAAUUGAGUGAGUGGAAAUGGUGUUAAAUUUGGACAGCUUGUUGCAGUGUUAACCUCAGUAUCCUGCAGCAGUCACUUGGAGACUAAGUGAAUGGCAUGGAUUAUAAACAGAACAUGAACAUGGUCAGUCCAUGUGCACUUACAGGGCAUAAAUACCCUAUAAAUAAGCAAGUUUGUCUAAGUGUAAACUAGGAGGAGUAGACUAGAAAAUGUGUUGCUUGCCUGUAUUUUGCUUUAAUAGAUACCUUUUGGAAAUGUAGCAUUUUAGAAAUGAAAGGACACGUGGUACAGACCAGCAUAAUUUCUGUUUUUCACUGGUGGAACUUUUCCCUGCCUUUUUUUAAAGAAGCCUUUAUUUAGACUGGGGCCUUUUGUCCAUUCUGUCAGAACUAUUUUCCUGUCUGGGGCAGUAUUGUGCUCUCUGACAAAGGCUCAUUGCAGCUCCAGAGCUGAGAGCAGCUUAUUAAAAGGCGUUAUUAGAGAGUCUGAAAUUAUUGCAAACAAAACAGUCCAUGGGGACUGGAGCUGCCUCCUCUUCCCUGCUGCUCAUUACUGGUGCUAAGGAACUCUCUCCCCCCACCCCCCAGCCUGCCUUGCAGCAUUAGGAUGUAAAUGAAAUCUCUCAGCACUCCAACAGUGAGUUUACAGCCCAGUGCUAUGGAAAUCUUCUUCCUCUUCCUUUGAGAGGUUUAUGUUUCCAGGAGAAACUCUUUUUUUUUUUAAUGAUUUGUAAAUAUUUCAGGAUUUUUGCAAAGCUUCUGUACUGCAGGCAGUUGGAACAUUCCUAUUAAAUUCAUCCUUGACUGAACAUCUUUUCAAAGUUGUGCUGCUUCUGCUCUUGGAAAGUUCUCUGGUGAUUGAGAUGGACAAAGGUGGAGAAUGAGAUCAGUGACCAGUACUGGAAGAUUCAGUGGCCAGGGCAGAAUUCCCUCCUCCAAAGCUGUGCAGGGUCAGAAAUCAGAGACUGGCUGAGUCCUGCAGGAGGCCCUGACCAUAAAUGUGAUUUUAAAAGGAAGCUGUUGCUGGUGUGAAGCUGUUCAUGUGUUGACCCUCACAAAUAGUUUAGUGGCCUGCUUGAAGUGUUAGGUUGAUUUCAGAGUCAUAGUAAGUUAACUGGUGUGUUGUGCUAAAUAUUUUGAUAAAUAAUCCUGGGAUGUACCUCCACCACUGUCUGAAAUGUUUCUGCAGGAGCUGGGGAAAAAAUCCAUUAUUUAUUUAUUAUCAUAAUCAUUUUCUCAAAUAAAAACUGGUAACAAAAGAACAACUGCUAAAUGAAAGCAUGGAUUUGUUGUUUAACAAACAAGCUUGUGAUGUGUGAGUUCCAUCCCCAGUUCAGUGUUAGACCCUGGCAGAUCACUCAUUCUGUACACAUCUUUCCUGGAGUAAAAUACAGAUUAUGAUCCUUGAA